ACAGGAGCUAUACCUUUUUGCAUCUUCAAAAUGAAUAACCUCUCUCUCUUAGAUCUCUCGCGAAACAACCUUCAAGGAACAUUACCUCCUAGUCUUCAUCUCAAGUACGACAGUAACUCAGGAUUAGAUUUAUCACACAACAGCUUGCAUGGGGCACUUCCUCUUCCACCUAAAAUUUUCAACACUUUUGAUUUGUCGCAUAAUAACUUCAGUGGCGAAAUCUCGAUAGAGACCGGAGAAAGAUUAUCUAGCGCGCCGUAUGUUUCUUUAUCUAGUAAUCAACUUUCAGGUUCAAUUCCGUUUUCUAUGUGUUCCAGGGAAUCAGAUUCCUUAGGUCCUGUUAGUAUUGAUCUGUCGAACAACAAAAUAUCAGGCGUUAUACCUACUAGUAUGGGGAAUUGUCGCAAUCUUUUGUCGCUAAAUCUUGGAACCAACAAUCUCACCGGAAGUGUUCCAAAGGAGCUUCAAGCACUAACACUGGUCACUCUCCUGUUAAAUGACAACAAACUCGAGGGUGCUGUUCUUAAUUCUGUCAGUAAACUUCACGACUUGAAAAUUAUCAACCUAGCUAAUAACAACUUCCAAGGAAGUAUGCCCGCUGCAUUUGGUUCACUAUAUUCCAUUAGAAUCCUCUCCUUGAGGUCAAAUAAAUUCAACGGGUCAAUUCCUGAAGAGAUUAUUCAUUUCUCUAAGCUUCAGAUUUUAGACUUGUCGAGUAACUAUUUCAGUGGGCAACUCCCUAGAAGAAUAGGAAACUUGGAGAUGCUAACCAGUAGACCUAAUAGCACACUCUUGCUUGAAUACGGUGUUGACGUGAAACUGGAAAUGGUGAUUAAAGGGAUUGCGAUACAGCUUGAAAAUUUGUAUGAUUAUAGUUCUGGAAUNGAUAUAUCAUGCAACAUUCUCGAAGGGAGCAUCCCACAAGACAUAAGUCUACUGAAAGGGCUUUCCAUGCUUAAUCUUUCACAUAAUGUAUUCUCUGGUGUAAUCCCAGCGAGUGUCGGAAACAUGACAGGCUUAGAGUCCUUGGAUUUGAGUUUCAACAAACUGUUUGGAAAAAUACCAGAGUCUUUGGCAUCACUAGAUUCUCUUGGGUUUCUGAAUUUGUCUUACAAUAACUUGAGUGGCAGGAUCCCAAGAGGACUUCACUUAGAUACAUUAAGCGGAGAUGGUUCUGCAUAUGUCAACAACAGUUUUCUAUGUGGGAUCCCUACAAAUAACAUUUGUGAGGGUGAUCAGGGUACUAAUACUACUGAUAUUUCGAGUCCUCCAAAUGAUUUUGAAGAAGAUGCAAAAGAGAAGUUGUUGUUAUGUGCCAUUGUCGCUGUGGGGUUUGUAGUCGGGUUUUGGGGUCUGUUCUUUGUUUUGCUGUUAAAGAAAGAGAAAUGGUGGUUUCCUUAUUAGAGAUUAGUAGGUAUUGUUGCAGGGAGAGUUGAUAGAUGUGUGUUAGGGAUGUAAUUGCCAUUGUAACUAUCGCUCAAAUGCUGAAAACAAAUUUUGUUUCGGCUCUACUCAAUUUUUCUACUUAUAAGAAUUGCAA